AUGGGUUGGUGUGGUUUUCUUAGACUCUAUGAUAGAACUUACGAGGAACCCACAAUGGAAUUUCUUAGCACAUAUGCACGAGAUGAUGUUGCGAAAGUCCUCACAUUCCAGUUGAAAGGGGAGUACCAUAGGCUUACAUAUGCAGAGCUUGAUUCCAUCAUGGGUGUUGACGAUCCAGACUACACCAAUUUCCGGUCUCACUACCUUCAACCCAAGUCGACAGCGAACCAAGCACAUCGUUCACCUAUUUGGCGAAUUGCUCACCAAGUUCUCACGACAAGCAUCUUCAGGCGCCUUGAGCCCGGUCAAAUCAACAGAUGUAAGCUAUUUUUCCUCAGAAGCCUGAGGUGUAGACUCUCCCUCAGUUUUUCAGCCUUCUUUCUAGACAAAUGUGACUCCAUACGUCAGCGCACUACAGAGGAAAUCUUCUUCAGGGGACUUAUCACGAUCAUAGGUCCAGCCGUUGGCCUGGACUUCCCUGCUCCUAAGUACAUACCUGCCGACAACCCACCAAACUUCCUGCUAGACUGUGACGCUCUCAUUCGUAUGGAGAUGUUGCUCGCUUGGGGAACCCGCAUGUACAAAUUCGACGAUGAUGAGGGUGACAACGCAGAGGAGCUUGAGGAAGAAGAUGAAGAGGACGAUGAGAUGCCCGAGGCUGAAGAGAAUUUUGACCAGCCUUCGGUGCAACAGCCGAUGUAUCAACAUGACCACUUCCAGGCCCCUCCACAACAUUUUGACCAGUCGCAUCAGCAUGGGGGACACAAAGUCCCAUCAUAUUUGUCCCCUACAUUUUUUGAUUGA